AUAUCCCCCCUCUCUCUCUUCCCCUAUUUUCUCUCCCGAAGAAUGAAUAACUGAGAGAAAUAAAAAGAAACUAGUCUGUGAAAAGAGAGACAUUUUUCUUUGUCUUCGAUCGUCUCCGUUUCUCCUGUAAUUCUUAGAAUUUUGCUGGGGUUUACUGUUAGUUUGAUUCUCACUGGUCAUGAAUCGAAACGGACCCACUAGAGUUAAUGCUCCGUAGCGUGAAGGCAAAAAUGGCGGCAAGAGGAGUAGAAGCAUCAACGGGUGGUGAGAUAAGUGAAGAGAGUGAUGAGAGAGGAAGCAUGUGGGAUUUGGACCAGCAACUUGAUCAGCCUAUGGAUGAAGAAGCUGGUCGCGUCAGAAACAUGUACAAAGAAAAGAAAUUCUCAGCGAUUCUGCUUCUGCAGCUUUCAUUUCAGAGUCUAGGCGUUGUGUAUGGAGACUUAGGAACCUCUCCUCUAUAUGUUUUCUACAAUACAUUUCCUCACGGGAUCAAAGACCCUGAAGACAUCAUUGGAGCUCUCUCCCUAAUCAUUUACUCCCUCACACUCAUCCCUCUCCUCAAAUACGUUUUUGUUGUCUGCAAAGCCAACGACAAUGGUCAAGGUGGAACAUUUGCCCUCUAUUCUUUGCUAUGUAGACACGCGAAAGUGAACACUAUCCCCAACCAACACCGUACAGAUGAAGAGCUUACAACUUACAGCCGCACCACGUUUCAUGAACAGUCUUUUGCAGCGCAGACCAAGAGAUGGUUAGAGAAAAAUGCCUCUAGGAAGAACUCUCUACUCAUUCUCGUACUCGUUGGUACCUGCAUGGUCAUUGGCGAUGGGAUCCUUACUCCUGCCAUUUCUGUUCUAUCUGCUGCGGGUGGGCUCAGAGUAAACCUUCCUCAUAUAAAUAAUGGUGUGGUUGUUGUUGUGGCGGUAGUGAUAUUAGUGAGCUUGUUUAGUGUACAGCACUAUGGAACAGACAGGGUCGGGUGGCUUUUCGCGCCUGUUGUGUUUCUAUGGUUUCUCUUUAUAGCGAGUAUCGGUAUGUACAACGUAUGUAAACAUGACCCGAGCGUUUUGAAAGCUUUCUCCCCUCUUUAUAUCUAUCGUUAUUUCAAAAGAGGAGGUCAAGAUCGUUGGACAUCCCUUGGAGGCAUCAUGCUUAGUAUCACAGGGAUUGAAGCUCUCUUUGCGGAUCUAUCUCACUUUCCAGUCUCAGCAGUGCAGAUUGCAUUCACUGUAAUUGUUUUCCCUUGCCUUCUCUUGGCGUAUAGCGGACAAGCUGCUUACCUUAGGAAGUAUCCACAUCAUGUGGAAGACGCGUUUUAUCGAUCCAUUCCAAAGAGUGUGUAUUGGCCAAUGUUUGUGAUUGCGACCUUUGCUGCAAUAGUUGCAAGCCAAGCCACAAUAUCAGCGACAUUCUCGUUGAUCAAGCAAGCUCUCGCCCACGGAUGCUUCCCUAGAGUUAAAGUGGUGCACACUUCAAGGAAGUUUCUCGGUCAGAUCUAUGUUCCGGACAUCAACUGGAUCCUCAUGAUCCUUUGCAUAGCCGUCACAGCUGGAUUCAAGAACCAGAACCAGAUAGGAAACGCUUACGGGACAGCCGUUGUGAUCGUCAUGCUGGUCACAACCCUUCUCAUGAUGCUGAUCAUGAUACUCGUCUGGCGAUGCCACUGGGUUCUAGUCCUCCUGUUCACCUUUCUAUCGCUUGUAGUGGAGUGGACUUACUUCUCAGCUGUGCUCUUCAAGGUUAACCAAGGCGGGUGGGUCCCUCUCGUCAUCGCAGCAGCCUUUCUCAUCAUCAUGUACGUCUGGCAUUACGGAACGCUCAAGAGGUAUGAGUUUGAGAUGCAUAGUAAAGUCUCCAUGGCUUGGAUUCUCGGUCUCGGACCUAGCCUUGGUCUUGUCCGUGUUCCCGGGAUUGGUCUUGUUUACACCGAGUUAGCUAGCGGUGUCCCUCACAUCUUCUCUCACUUCAUCACGAACUUGCCGGCUAUUCACUCCGUUGUGGCGUUUGUCUGCGUCAAGAACCUUCCUGUCUACACCGUCCCCGAGGAAGAACGGUUCCUUGUGAAGAGAAUCGGACCGAAGAACUUCCACAUGUUCCGCUGCGUGGCGAGGUAUGGAUACAGAGACUUGCAUAAGAAAGACGACAACUUUGAGAAACGGCUCUUUGAAAGCCUCUUCCUUUUCAUCCGCCUUGAGUCCAUGAUGGAAGGCUGCUCUGACUCUGACGAUUACAGCAUCUGUGGAAGCCGCCAACAACAACAACCGCACAGAGACGGGAACGAGACUAGGAACUUGGAGACUUUUGAUACGUUUGAUUCUGUUGAGUCUGUUAUGGCACCUGUGGGGGUAACCAAACGGACGAGCCACACGGUGACUGGGUCGAGCCAGAUGAGUGGAGGAGGGGACGAGCUGGAGUUUAUAAAUGGGUGCAGGGACGCAGGAGUGGUGCACAUAAUGGGGAACACAGUGAUUAGAGCCAGGAGGGAAGCGAGGUUCUACAAGAGAAUAGCCAUUGAUUAUGUGUAUGCGUUUCUUAGGAAAAUUUGUAGAGAGAAUAGUGCUAUCUUCAAUGUUCCUCAGGAAAGCCUUUUGAAUGUUGGACAGAUUUUUUAUGUGUAAUGGUGUUUGAGACAUGAUUUGAUUGUAUGUUGCU